AUGGGUGUCUCCAAGUUUUUCCAUGAACUCAAAACUAAUGCUUCUCCCAAGAGGAUGUUCAAGGCUAUGAUCACCGAUAACCACGAUGUUUUACCGAAAGUCUCCCCAUCCAUCAAGAGCAUUGAGACAAUUGAAGGAGGUGGUGGUGUUGGCAGUGUCAAACAGACAAACUUCUCUGAUGGGUCUCACUUCAAGAACAUGAAGAACAGGCUCGACUUUCUGGACACAGAAAACUACGUGAGCAAGUUCACUUUGGUUGAGGGAGACGCGCUUGGUGACCAGCUUGAAAAGAUAUGUUAUGAGAUAAAAUUCGAGGAUUCAAAGGAUGGAGGAUGUGUCAUCAAGAUCACCAGUGAGUAUCAUGCCAAGGGCAAUGUUGUACUUAAAGAAGACGAUGUUGAAGCAGGCAUGGGACUUGUUAUGGGACUCUACAAGUCUUGUGCAGAUUACCUGAUUGCCAAUCCUCAUUUUCCCACGAGAGAGACAUCCACGUGUUGCGGGGAGUUGGGCAGCGAGGAAGAGCUGGAAGGAGAACUGAGUGUCACUCUCGACAGUGAUUACGAUUAUGAUGCUGCAAGGAAUACCUCCGCGGAGGAGGCGAUCGGGAAGGAGGCAGUCAAGGGUGAAACUUCCAAUUACUCCGAUUUUCUCUUCCCUAAAUCCAAGUCAAAGCUCGCAUCUCAAACUCCAACUCUCCUGUCAAUAUCGCCGGCAGAUUCUGGCGUUUUCACUGGCCUCUGA